CCUGAGUCUUCCUUUCUCUCGUCCUAAAGAUGGCGGCAGGGACUCUGUACACGUAUCCAGAAAACUGGAGAGCCUUCAAGGCUCAGAUUGCAGCCCAGUACAGCGGUGCCCGCCUCAAGGUGGCCAGCAGCGCCCCCGCCUUCACCUUCGGGCAGACGAACCGUACCCCCGCCUUCCUCAACAACUUCCCCUUGGGCAAGGUUCCAGCUUUUCAGGGCGAUGACGGCUUCUGUCUUUUCGAGAGUAAUGCCAUUGCUCACUACCUGAGCAAUGAGGCCCUGCGUGGCAGCAGUCCCCAGGCCCAGGCCCAGGUGCUUCAGUGGGUAAGCUUUGCUGAUGCUGAGAUCAUCCCUCCAGCCUCUACGUGGGUCUUCCCUACCUUGGGAAUCAUGCAGUUCAACAAGCAGGCAACAGAGCAGGCCAAGGAGGAGAUGAAGAAGGUUCUGUCUGUCCUCAACCAUCACCUCAACACCAGGACCUUCCUGGUUGGAGAGCGAGUCAGCCUGGCUGAUAUCAGCGUGGCCUGUAGCAUGAUCUGGCUCUUUAAACAGGUCCUUGAGCCUUCCUUCCGCCAACCUUUCCCCAACGUGACGCGCUGGUUCCAGACCUGCGUCAACCAGCCCCAGUUCAAGACCGUGCUCGGAGAGGUCAAGCUCUGCGACAAGAUGGCUCAGUUUGAUCCCAAGAAGUUCUCUGACAUGCAGCCCAAGAAGGACAGCCUUCCCAAGAAAGACGCCCCUGCCAAGAAAGAGAAGGCUGGAAAGGAGGCAGGCAAACCUCAGGAGAAGAAAGAGAAGAAGAAGAAGGAAGAGAAGGAAGCUGCUCCUGCCGAGGAGGAAAUGGACGAGUGUGAAGCAGCUCUGGCUUCAGAACCCAAAACAAAGGACCCCUUCGCUCACCUACCGAAGAGUGCGUUUGUCAUGGACGAGUUCAAGAGGAAGUACUCUAACGAGGACACGCUGACUGUAGCCCUGCCCCACUUCUGGGAACACUUUGACAAGGAGGGCUACUCCAUCUGGUACGGCGAGUACAAAUUCCCCGAGGAGCUUACCAUGACCUUCAUGAGCUGCAACCUCAUCAUGGGAAUGUUCCAGCGACUUGACAAACUCCGCAAGAACGGCUUUGCCAGCGUGAUCCUGUUCGGAGGGAACAACGACAGUAGCAUUUCUGGAAUCUGGAUCUUCAGAGGACAGGACUUAGCUUUCACUCUGUCUGAUGACUGGCAGAUUGAUUACGAGUCGUACGCCUGGCGCAAACUGGACCCCGACAGCGACGAAACCAAGACCAUGGUCAAGGAGUACUUUGCUUGGGAGGGAGAAUUCAAACACGUGGGAAAACCCUUUAGCCAGGGCAAGUGCUUCAAGUGAGCAGCGUGGAGGAUGAUGGCACCAUGACCCCUAUACGUCCGACGCUACACAUCAACACCUUAACCUAAAGGACAUUCAAACACCUUGUGCUUGGACCUUCUCAAACUGAUCUUCAGUUGGAGUGGAUUGUGUCUCAAUGGUCCUAACAGAAGCGGUUGUUUUGAGUUGACAAAUAAACAUGUUUUCCACAAUGCCAUUUUCUGGAUUUUAUUUUUUUGGUGAUGGAAUCCCCCCGCCCCCCCAAAAUAAAAAUAAAACAACAUAUAAUGCUAGAUGACUUGUUUUACUUCGCAAAAUGUCAAUCAGUUUCUGUUUUGUGGCCUUGUUGUUCCCAUCACCUAGCUCCCCUGUUUUAUAAGCCUGAAUUUCCUUUCAUUUCUAGCCAGUCUGUUUGUGCCUGGUCAGUCAUCAUGUUUGGCUGAACAAUGAGCAAUGUAUUUGGUAAGAGCACAAACAGAUCUGGGAGCAGGCUAAUUCAGUGGGAAAUAAUUGUUUUCUCUUUUGAUACAGCCAGCAAUCAUGGAGCUGAAAUCUGGACAAUGAAUAAAUGGUUAAAUUGCUGUCCAUAAAAUAAUUGGUUGCGUACAUUAAAGCCUUUUAAUGUGGUGAAAAAUAAAUAAUUGAACAUC